GAAAAAUAAAAGAGAACAAAUUUGUGAUAGACUAUAAAAUCAGAGAUCAGUGGUAGUAGUAGUUUUGUGCUUGUGAGGAGGUGAGAGAGAUAUAGAGAGAGAGAGGAGUUAUGGUCAUGGAGACUGCCAUUUGUGGCCGAGUUGCUCUUUCUCCCCAUCAAAUCUUCCAACCUAAACCUGGAGAUAAGAAACCUCGCCAAAAACAAUGGACAAAUCGGAAUGCUUUAAUGGCAAUGUCUAUAGCAGGAGCUGGCAAAGGUGGUGGAUUGUUGGAGAAGCCUGUCAUAGAGAAAACAACUCCUGGGCGUGAAUCUGAGUUUGACUUGAGAAAAUCUAGGAAAAUGUCCCCACCCUAUCGCGUGAUGCUGCACAAUGACAAUUUCAACAAGAGGGAAUAUGUUGUUCAAGUACUCAUGAAGGUUAUACCAGGGAUGACGGUCGACAAUGCUGUUAAUAUCAUGCAAGAGGCACAUCACAAUGGUCUGGCAGUGGUGAUAAUCUGUGCUCAAGCUGAUGCAGAAGAACAUUGCACACAGCUAAGAGGCAAUGGUUUGCUGAGCUCCAUCGAGCCUGCCAGUGGAGGUUGUUAAAGAGAAUGAACCUGAUGGGUGAAUUCUUCAGAAGCAGCAGCCUACCCUUCCCCCCAACC